AUUUAUUUACUGCUUGGAGCCACUGAAUGUGUCCUUCUUGUUGUCAUGGCCCUUGAUCGCUAUGUAGCAGUGUGUCAUCCACUGCAAUAUACAACUAUCAUGCACAACAAAGUCUGUGUGCAGCUGGCCAUCCUGGCUUGGAGCACUGGCUUGCUUCAGUCUCUGAUCCAGGCUCCUGCCACCCUCCGGCUACCAUUUUGUUCUUCUCGGAUGAUUGAUAGCCUGCUGUGUGAGGUCCCAACCUUGAUUCAACUCUCUAGUAUAGACACAACUUACAAUGAAAUACAAUUGUCUGUUGCUAGUUUUAUCCUCUUAGUGGUGCCCUUGAUUAUUAUCCUUGCUUCUUAUGGUGCUAUUGCAAAGGCAGUGCUGAGGAUAAAGUCAGCUGCUGGACAGAAGAAAGCCUUUGGCACCUGCACUUCUCACCUGCUGGUGGUCUCCCUCUUCUAUGGCACGGUCACAGGGGUCUACCUUCAACCCCAAAAUCCAUAUGCACAUGAACGGGGCAAGUUUCUCACCCUUUUCUACACUGUGGUGACUCCAACUCUUAACCCUCUCAUCUACACUCUGAGAAACAAGGAGGUAAAGGGGGCAUUAAUGAGAUUAGGGAGGAAGACCCGGGAUUCCCCACAUUCCAGUGAAGAUUCGU